CAUGUUCGCAGUGUCUGCUGCGCAUUUUCUCAAUAUUCCCUUUGCCUCUCCUCGUCACUCGCUGUAGCUUCCUAGCGAAGAACGGCACGCCAAAACAUGGAAUCCCUGUGCUUUUCGGCACAGAAAAUCUAAUGUCCUCGCGAAUAGAUACGUGAUUCUCUGUCUCCCAUGUCGGUCAAUCGCAAAGAAAUUUCGAGCGACAUGCAGACAAGAAGUCUUAGCGAAAUAUCGGAGGUAGACACCGUACGGGUCGGUAUGGAUCUUGUAUCGGCCGCGCGGAGAAAUAUCGGGCUAAUGAGGACUGUUAGAGACUGUCAAUGGCUGCAACGGAGACCCGUAAUCCUUGAAGCAAUCAGGAGGUAUGAUGAGCUAUGGAUGCCGUUGAUUUCCGAUCUUACUGUAGGGUCAACCCCUCCUAUGGUUCUCCCUCCAGUCGAUGUUGAGUGGGUUUGGUUUUGUCAUACGCUGAAACCGGUGGGUUACAGGCAAUAUUGUGAAUUAAGGUUCUCGAAGUUGAUAGGGAAAGCAGCUAUCUUCGAUGAAGAAAACGAAGAGUACGCAUUGAUGAGAUGCAGAGAAAUUUGGGAGCGUAGAUACCCAAAUGAGAGUUUUGAGAACGAAAUCGAUUCAAAUUCUCAAGACCCAGUUGUUAAAUACGAAGAUCUUUACAGUGAUGUGAUGAAGCAGAGGGAUUUGUACUUAAAAUUUUCUGCCCCCUACGUGUCUGAGAUUGUUUAUCUGAUAGCAGCAAGACAAAGAUAUAAAGGGUUCUUGCUGAUAUUGCAGAAAUUCACAGAGGAACUUUCCUGUUUCGUGCCAACCUUGGAUAUAUUUCUCAUGUGGCUCACCCAUAUGAGCUACCCAACAGUGUAUGUGGAGGACUUGAAGGACAUGUGGGAUGAUAUGGGUAAGGUAGUGGGGCUGUUGGGAUCUAUGAAGGAAAAAGAUAUGGAAGAAACAAAGGAGCUUUGGGACAGAUGCUUUAAUCAACCUUAUGAGAAAGCUGGUGGCGGGUUAGCCAUGGGAUUAAGUGAUCGGUCUGCAGUGAAUUGCCCGGUUUACUGGGUUGAAUCUGAUACAGAUGUAAAUACCAAAUACAAGUCCAUGCACCCUAGGUUCCUCUUGGAGGUUUGUAUAUUUGUGAAGCUCAGCUCCAAGAUGAAGUCAAUGCAAGAGGAUAAGAAACGAAAUUUUUUGCGUCUGCGAAUAACAAGAUGUCACAGGGAGCUCAAGCUUGAUAAACCAAUCACAAACUUUUCCCACAACAAAUGGCUGAAAGCUUGGCACCUUUAUUGUGAGUUUGGAACCAGAGGACUUGUGCUGGACCUACGUCAUAGGGGUGGCUACUGCUUCAAAGGAAGCAAAUUGCAGGGAACCAUAGCAUUUUCAUGGAAUGAUUUAUUAAGAGCACCUUCCGUUACUUCAGCGAGAAAAAUUAACGAAGAAGUUAGGGUUUUUGUUUCAUUAACUCCCCCAGUUCAAGCACCAUACUUGCUGAAAUGUGUACCAGACAGGGUAACAGAUGAUACUGGUGCUAUGAUAUCUGAUGUGAUUCUGAAAUUAAACCAGUAUAGGCCUCAAGAAGGACGGUGGCUCUCUCGUACUGUUCUUGAUCAUGCAGGGAGGGAGUGUUUCAUUGUCCGAGUAAGAAUUGGAGGAGGGUUUUGGAGAAGAGGAGCUGAAACUCCAUCGAAUGUGAAGUGGGAUGAUCGGAUAAUAGAGAUACGUGCGGGUUCUUGGUCUUACGUAGCUGGUUCCAUUGGUAGAGCUCCAGAGAAAGUGAUAGCAACAGCGUCACCAAAAGAACCUCCAGACCAGUGGCAAGCCGCAUGGCAAUUCUCAACAGGAGAUGAACUUAUGAUAAGAUGGGAGUCAUCGUCAUCAUCCUCAGGCCUGAACUUCUGUCUGAUAAAUCAAACAUCUACUGAUUCAUCGGUGAAGUUAUUGAGAGGUCGGAAAAUGGAGUAUCAAGUUAAGGAUAAUAAUCAAGAGAGCGAAAGCAAAGAAAGUGAAGACGACGAAGAGGAGUUUGUGACAGUGGUUAGAGUGACAGAAGAGAACCCAGAUGGAAAAGCAACCGCCCUACUGAACUGGAAGCUCCAGGUAGUAGAAGUUCAGCCGGAGGAGGAUGCACUUCUGGUGCUACUACUAAGUGUUUCGAUGCUGAGAAGCAUAUCAGAGAUGACAAAGCAAGACUUAGGCAGUUUGUUGAUUAGGAAGAGAUUAAAGGAAGCGAAAAUGGGUUCUAGAGAUUGGGGUUCAGUAAUUCUCCAUCUGUCUUCAUGGCCAUCAUCGUCUUGCAUUACUUCACCUCAUCUUCAACCUUGGUACUGGAAUUCUAAUGCAGUAAUGGCGCGGGAUGGGAGAACAGAGAGUGUGACAAGGCAACCUGGGCUUGAUUAUUCACCAGUUGAAGGUGGUGAUAGGUUCUACAAGAAAGGAAUCUUAUAACAUGAAAUUCCCCAAGGCAAACUCAGAUUUAUAUAUUCUAGUUGUUAGCAUAGAUGAAAAUGCUUUUGGUACCAGAGCUUGUUGUUGAAGAAGUUUAGUGAUAUGGUGCGUAUCACUUCUGUAUCACUUGCAGCCACCUGUUAAUGCUCUACCGUGAAGUUAUCAUGUGCUCUGUUAUGAAGUUGUCGUACUCUGUUAUUCUAUUAUGCAGCUAUUACAUUUGGUUAUAA